AUGCGGCUGCUGCCCCUGCUGCACGCCGUCCUGUGGGCCGCGCUGCUCGGCUCCCCGCUGCCCGGGGGCGCCGGCCUCCGCCACGACUUCUACUGGAACGCCAGCAACCCCAGGCUGCUCCGAGGAGACGCGGUGGUGGAGCUGGGCCUCAACGACUACCUGGACAUCUUCUGCCCUCACUAUGAGGGCCCCGGGCCCCCCGAGGGCCCCGAGACGUUUGCCCUGUACAUGGUGGACUGGUCGGGCUACGAGGCCUGCCAGGCACAGGGGGCGGGUGCCUUCAAGCGCUGGGAGUGCUCCCUGCCCUUUGCUCCCUUCGGGCCGGUCAAGUUCUCCGAGAAGAUCCAGCGCUUCACGCCCUUCUCCCUUGGCUUCGAGUUCUUGCCGGGAGAGACCUACUACUACAUCUCCGUGCCCACGCCCGGGAGUCCUGGCCGGUGUCUGAGGCUCCAGGUGUCCGUCUGCUGCAAGGAGAGCAGAGCCAGCGCCUUCCCAGGACUGCCUGGAGGAGCCCCUGCACCUGAGCUGGGAGUGCCACGCCGGACAGACAAGAUGGAGGCGUGGCGAGGGGAGUCAGAGGGUCUGACGUGA